AUGGAAAUAUUGCAUAAGUUCAAAGAAAAUGGGUAUUUUACUUCGGAGCUAUACCACUUACUUGCUAAAAAGAAGUUGGUCGAUGGUUCGACGGAGAUUAUACCUUCAGAAUAUGAGAAGGAAAUGAAAAUGUCCACUCAUCAGCGACUGCAGACUUUACAUAAUAUAGACAUAGAGAACCUGAUCACCCCACCCGGCAGGAAACGCAACAAGGUCGUGUUAUCUUUUACACCCAAACUGCUCGUGUUCCAAAACUUCAAGCCGAACGAUAAAAUUGUCGCAAAAUUUUCUGUUAAAAAUAUAAGCAAGGGACCGACUUACGUUAACUUGGUUUACAAAGAGUCCUCGUAUUUCUUUAUCAAGCCUUGUGGUGGACAGUUACUGUCGAGGUUAGCGCCAGGAAUCAGUGUGACUUUUGCGAUAACCUUCCUCCCCGUGCAACACGAGGACUACACACAUCGAGUAACUAUUAAUACUGAUGUGGAUCAAUAUGUCUUACCGCUCAUCGCAUUGGGCCCUAGACCAAUUUUUGAUUUCCCUGAUAAAAUUGAUAUUCCGAAGACUCCCUUGAAGGUGGAGAACCAUGUGUUGAUAAGUGUCCAUAACAUUGGCAUGGUGCCUGCUGGCUUUACUCUCAAUUGCAAAUGCCCAUUCUCUGUGCAUCCAAAGUCCGCUUAUUUAAAUAAGAAUCAAAAGAUUGAUAUCGCUGUAUCAUUUAAAACAAUGCACUUAGGCGAAGCCCAUGGAAUAUUAAAUGCACUUUUUGAAACUGGAGAAAACUUCCGUAUAUUGUUGUCGGGGACAACUCAUACAGUGAGCGUUGAAUUGGAGAAGCAAGUAGUACGAUUCUUUGACACUUACAACACUAUGAUGCGGCAGCAGACAUACAAGGUCAUCAACAAAUCCGAUCAUGUGCUCACAUACAUGUGCAUGAAGAACGAUUGUGUAUAUUAUGAUUUCGAAGAAAAAGUAAAGUUAGCGACAAUAUUUUACAAUAUGAAAGAAAGUGAAUCUGCGAAGUACAGGAAGUUGGUACAAUACGACGUGCUGAGUAGUAACGAGCAUGAAAGAGUAUACACUCGGAUAUUUUUUGAUGAAAUCCAGGCGCUAGUGGCUGAUGAAUCACUGUAUUUCCAAAAUAUGCACUUUUCCAUACACCCGAUAAAAGGGAAGUUAUGGCCCAAUAAAACAACAGAAUUAACUAUAACAUUUUGUCCGAAAGAAAUCGGAGAGUUUCAAACAACUGCCUACUUAGAUAUAGAUGGCUUCGUGGACCGCGUGCCGCUGAAUUUAAUCGGCCUAUCGAUGCCUCCCUCCAUACAUCUCAAUGUGGAAACACUGGAUAUGGACUGCGUCUACAUUAACAAGUCUUAUAACUAUGAAAUUGUUGCCAUUAAUAAAGGACACAUAAAUGGAGUCAUACUGUAUAAAGAAAUACCAUCACUGUUUGGAAGCACUAUAUCAUGUACUCCUGAAUUGCACUGCUUGCGACCUGGGGACAAAGAAAUCUUCGUAAUCUCAUUUUGUAACUCCAGCCAGGGACCAUUCUUUGAAGAAAUCAAUUUCGCCAUCCGCGACACAAAUGUAGUUCUGAAACUGUAUUUGAAAGGCGAAGUAAUAUAUCCAUCACUUACUUUUAGUAUCCCAUGCCUUGAUUUUGGUGAAGUCAGCGUAGGUGUUCCUAAAACUAUGCAGUUAGAUGUUAUUAAUGAGUCGGUGGUGGAUAUUAACGGGACUUUGAAGAUUUCGUCAGAUGGUCCGGAGAUCAGUAGCAUAACACUAAUUGAUUUCGCAGUAGCGGAUUAUCCUAAGCCAGUGCUCCCGCAGUGGCCCAGGGAGUUCCAUAUUGCACCAAGUAAAGUUGACAUAGAAUCCGAGUCGAGGAUAUCAAUACGAGUUACACUGACGGCUAACUUGAUAAGAGCUAACCAGACAUCACUAGAGUUGGAGCUAGAGAAGUCGGACAGUCCUCCAAUAGUGCUCCCAGUGAUGUUCAAUGCUAUGGUACCUGAGAUAACGCCUGCGCCUGAGAUCAACCUGCGAGCCUGUUUCCUCAACUACUCCUACCAUAAUGAAAUUGUUAUCAAUUCUAAUAAUUUCCGAGGCUAUUUCACAUUGGAAAAAUCAGAGGUAUCAUCUCACAUACCUACGAUGAACUUAUUUGGACAGUCUAAACCAAUUGAGAUCUGCCACAUCACUGGCUGUGGAGUUCGACCUAUUGUGACCUGCUCCCCUUUGGCAUUGCAUUGGGGACAAAUCAAAUUAUUAACAACAUCACAAAAAUGUUUAACCCUAUGUAAUGAUUCCCCAGUCUUCGUCAAUUUCACUGCAACACUGUUGAAUAAAGAUGGAAAAUGGCAAAUAUCGCCGACGGAAGGUUCGGUCGAGCCCGAGUCAGAAGUAGAUUUAUUGUUAACAUUAUACUUGAUUGAUGCUGAUUCUUAUACUAACAAAGCGGUGAUACAUUUAGACAAAGUAAAGGACAUCCUGGUACCAUUAUCUGCUACCGGAGUAGGGACGAGCAUCGUUGUGGGUAAGCACCGCGACAGAAUUGAGCUUGGAAGGCAUUUCACGAAAAUACCACUGGAUUGUAAAAUUAUAAUGGAAAAUUGUGGAACCCGGUUACACGCACUAGAGUGGAGCGAACAUUAUAAACCGCCCAAGAAUAAACAAGUUGCAGCAGGCUUUUUCAACUUGGAUCCACGAUCAUUCAAAAUGUCAGCUGGAGAAAAAUUUGAGUUGACUGUAACAGGAAUAUCCCAUAAAGUAACGAAAGUUAAGGAAUUGUGGUAUUUGGUCGGUAGCGUGGAGAGUAUAAAUAAAAAAGAAUUGUUAAUGGAGUGUGAGGUUCUGGCUGAAUUCGUUGAUCCGAAAAUAGAGAUUUCCUCUCCAGUUGUCGAAUUCCAAUAUGACUUCGGGCCGUAUAGUGAAUUCUAUAAGCUAACUGAUAUAAUCACUAUAAAAAAUAUAUCCAAACUUCCACUAGACAUUGACAUCUCUGUGAAACCUCCAUUUGCUAUCGUUCAAAAGCAAAGUACAUACAAAAUACCGUCUGACGAAGCGAGCUUAUGUUGUUGUAUACGGUACAGGAAGUCUGAUUUGAAUCUACAAACUAUAUUGGACAAAAUGGGUCCACGUGAAUCAAAGACCUUUAUAGACUUUCUUACAGCAAAGCCUGUGGAACCACUGCGGAAAGGUCCACUUCAUUUUUUCCAGGACAUUCAUAAGAUUAAAAUGGCGUUCAAUCUAACCAGCACAGUAGAAGAACGUUUAGAAGAUCAAGAAAUUAUGAAACUACAAAUAUUAUUCGACACUACUAAACAUGUCAGUCUUAAGUCAAGGGUAUAUUGCGACUUAAUGAAAAUUAGAUUCAGAGGACACAAAAACAAAGAUGCUAUUAAACUGGUUGGUAAAAUAAACUUUCCAAAUUUAUUUAUUCUUCCUCCGAGAUUAGACUUCCAAUGUAUUUUGAAUGGAAGCAUACAAAGUAAAACAAUAAAAAUACAAAAUACAACACCUCUCAUGGUUUGCUACCAGUUUCAAUGGAAGAAGUGUUUGAUAACAAAUAUCGCUCCAGUGAGUACUAAAUUAACAAUGUCGAUACCGAUGGAAUGUGCAGUAUGUACUAGUCCGACUAAAAUUAUUUCUGAAGAGACGGGGACCACCGAGACUUGCAUACGAGAUGCCUUCAAUAUUCAAAUUUCAAAUGGUUCAGAAGCGGAGAAAGAAUCAGCAAACGAGGAAAUUCCACCGGGUGAAAUUGAAACCGCUGCUACUUAUGGCGAAUCUGAAAUUGAUACCGAGUACUUGAGAACUCGAAUAAUUAGAAAACUAGCUCCCAUGAUAGACGGUGACUAUGACACACAGUUUGAAUGGAUACACAAGUUUCCUAGAUUACAAAAGCUUACCAAUAAAAUCAACAUCAACGAUGUAUUUCAAUUGGUGUCGCAUCGAGGACUGCUUAAUCCCAACGAGAUUCAAUUCGUACACGUGAUAUUUAGGCCAAAACCUAAUAUCGGUGUACGAGCCGUUCUGGAAUGUGAAGUUCUGGGUGGACCUCCUGAGACCAUCGUUGUUACUGGUCAAAGUUCUGAUUUAAUGUAUGAAAUAAGUUCUGAAACUGUUAAUUUUAAAAUAAGGUCUUUUCAUGAAAAUGCCGUUGAAGGGUUGAAAAUACGUAAUAUUGCAAACUUACCGUUCGAAUGUAAAACCUAUCUAUUUGAGAAGAAAUCGGCAAGUGAUCUAGAAGCAAAUAUUCUUGAAAUAAUACCGCACGAGAAAGUAUUAGGGCCUAAAGAAGAAAUUGAAUUGAACGUAGUAGUUCGACCUGGCGUGGUUGGUUACUUCCGCAGAGAAUUUUUGCUAGAAAUUGGACACCUCCCGCUUAUGCCGAUCGAAGUAGUUGGAUGGGGUGAUGUGCCUCAAGUCUUUAUAUCAUUGCAACGAUCUUAUACAGCUGAAAGUAUUCGUCCAGAAAUAGGAUACGAAGCUAUACCACGACUGACACAGUCAUAUCUGGAUAGUAUAAAUGAAUUAUUUCACAAAGGCAAAGAUGAACAUUUAAACUCACCGUUGACAGAGAAAUGUUUCGAAGAUCCUGAAUUUCAUACAGAUUGGCAUAUUUGUUCAGCUUGGGAUGGAUACCCUUCUAUAAUGGAUAUCGAUCUAGUGAUAGAAAAAUUAUUGGUUAUAGACUAUAUAAAGCUCAAACCUGAGAUUAUGCAUACUUAUACUUCAUCUCAUCCGAAAGUAGCACCAAUACAAGGAUUUUCUACGAUUCCCUAUAUCAUUGACUUUGGUGUUGUUAUCACUGGAAGUACGGUGCAAUGUAUAGCUGACGUGAUUAAUUAUGGGCCAAUAGCCAUCAAGUUAUAUAUUACCAAAGGCACGGUAAUUCCUCAGUGGCUUACACUAAAAUUAGUUGGAAGAUUGUUACCUGGUGAAACGGGAAAAUUGGAAGUUACAUUUGCCCCCACUUCUACUGAUUUUGUCGAACUGGAAAAUAACGUGGAAACAUCAUUUAACAUUGAGGUGGCUUAUGGUGUGACAAUUCCAAUUCAAAUGAAGGCUUUAUGUGCUGUGCCUUACUUAGUAUCGAACGUGAAAGCUAUUAACUUCGGAUCUGUGAGAUGUGGUGAUAAAAUAAUUUAUUCAGUUCCUUUAAAAAAUGUAGGUAGGCCAACAUGUAUUUGGUAUGCGACUCUGAAAUUGAAGACGGUUGGACCUCCUCCGAUGAUGGUGCUCAACAAUUCGGGAAACUACAAGCCAGGAGCCGGAGGAUGGCUUAGUGUUGCUUUCAAACCGACGAUGGAGAUGAUGUACGAAGGCCACCUCAUAUUUAGAUUUCACAUGAACCCUCAAAAAAUGACGAUUCCAGUGACGGGGCAAGGAAUUGUUCCACACGUGCAUGUUAUAGGGCCGAACGUAAAUUUCUCGCCAACCCUGCCGUGGGCUGAAACCACUGACAUAUACUUCGGGCUAACGAAUCCGUGUCCGUUCCCGAUAGAACUGAUAAUGGCACAUUCGGAUGAAAAAUGGAAAGAAGAAGAUGAUAUUUAUCAAUUACUUUAUAAAUAUUACGACAAACCAGAAGAGAUGUUGGUUCCAGUGAUAAAGCCAGGAGUGGGGUUACCACAAGAAGUUGUAACUUUUUAUUAUAAAUUUCAUGAAAGAAUCAAGAGGUAGAGUUGUCAUUUGUUUAAUGUAAAUGUGAACACAAAACCAAAGAGUCCUAGAGAGAAGUUAUCUCAGAAACAACACUCCGGUCCGCCCAAGGACAUAGCUAUAUCGCCUAUGAAGAUGAAGAUACGAACCGAAGCUGAAAUAAUAGCAGAUGAAAUAAAAGCGAUGAAAGACAAACAUGUGGACCCUUUAAGACAAUGUUUACGUGUUUUUGACAACGACGAUGUUUCGGAAACGGCUACUGGCCAAUCGGAGAAACUAUCUAAAGGAAUUUUAAUAUUUUUUCACGGAUCUCCUUGUGAAGAAAUGCAAUGUCAAGAAAUGGCUUACACUGUCGGGAAAAAGUUAGCCAUACCAACAAUAAAUGUAGACCACUGCAUAGUUCAUGCUCUGUGUGAAACCGAUAUUCCGGCGAAAGAGCUAGUGGUUGCCGCUGUAGAAGAGAAUUAUGAAAUGUUGAAAAGAAAUACUAGGAGCGACACUGUUACCGAUGCCGAACAAGACGAAUUUGAUGAAUAUAAAGACGAAUUUGAAAUUCUUUUCGACAAAAUUCAGUUUCUAGCCAAUCAAAAAAAUGUACCUACCCCUCGCUCAAAACAGAGUGACAAGAAGAAAAAGAAGUCAUCCAUUAAUUCCUCUUCGAUAGCUUCUCAUAAUGCAUUGGGAGCUAUGGGAUCAACGACCCUUUUUCAAAUGGAUUUAGUGGAAGAACUUCUUAUUGAAUUAUUUCGACAACCUCGCUAUAAUCGAGGUUUUGUGGUAGAGUCAUUAACGAGCUUCGUUAUGAAGAAUCCUCCUUUAGUGAUGAUGACAUUGAUUAAAUGUAAACGCAACAUUCGGAACUUGCACCUAGUUUUAUGCCAAGCAGAUUUCUCUAAAUGGGCGCAAACGUACGAAGAAAGCCAACGUGAAGCUGAAAUCGUGGUGGAUGAGUAAGUAAAGGUAUAUGAUGAAACGGAAAUAGAAGAUAUUGUAACAUCAUUUGAAGAUAUGGACGCAGAAGAGUAUGAAAACUCAUCUGCGGAAUUAAAAUCCUUGUACAUAUUGUGGGGCUUAGAGGAGAGGAGACGGAAAUAUUUUGAGAAGAAAGGUAUUGAUUACAGACCGCCAGGAGAAACUUUUCAUAAGAAAGAUAAAUCAAAAGCUUCUGUGCAUAUAGAUGCGACCGACACAAAGAAAAAAGUAAAAAAGGAUGAGCCUAAAAGUAAAACUACGCCACGCCAAACAACUGAAUAUUCGAUGAUGAAUGCGAAAUACAAUGACUACAAUAAACUGACAUACGAGCAACUGAUAAAUAUUGCAAAUAAUUGGAUUAUUGAGGAAUGUGACGUAGGACAACCACUACUCUCCUUCAAUGGUCAGGUAGUUGGAGCAGCUCAGAAGAAAACUAAGAAGAAGUCUGAAGUCCAAUUACAGUUAUCUGAAGCCAAUCUUGCGAAUAGAGGCUUUCCAAUUACAUUCAUAAUGUGUCCUUGUUUACAAUACAAAGAAGCUUUGAAGAACAUGUUCGCAAGAAAUAUUAUGAAAUCGGAAUCUUCAAAAACAGAUCAUGAUAUUCUUAAAUGUUCUGAGAUUAGAAAAGAGUUUACUGUUUUGCUGCCUAAGACUUUUCCUUCGAUACAUCAUGAGCCUCCAUUGAAAUGGUGGUAUUUAGAUGAGUUGCCGGUAAAGAAAUGUGAAUGCAAUCAAUUAACGGAUCUAAACUUGUUGGAUGACACAAAUCAAGACAAUGUUUUAAAUAUCCUCUCGAAAUGGCAUUGCACUUGCGGCAAAAAGCUGUACUCAUCACAAACUUCCACAAGUGAAAUCCCAUCACUCUCAGUGGACAAGAUUCUUCAUGAGUUUAGCGAGGAAGCUUCAGAGCCACAACCCUUGCCGUUACGGCGUGUAAAAACUAUUGCUGCGCCUGCAUCUCGUUUAAUACUGCAGCCAGGUGAUCUGGUGCGUUGCAAAUACUCCUUCAGUCCUCAAGAGGAAGGCAACUAUAGUGUUAAGCGGUAUGUUGAAGUCAGUGGGUGGCCGAAAUCAAGAGUUGACAUUAAUGUUAAUGGCAUCUGUGAUUUGCCAAGAUUGGAUAGUCGUCCUAAGAAAAUGUUCGCUAAUUUUGUGAGGAGAACACAAGAAGACCACAUCUACAAAAUAACGUACUUAGAUGAUCUCAAAGUAUUUGAGUUUGGGCCAUUGUUUAUUGGAAAUAAUAGAAUUUAUCAAGAAGACUACAUCAUCAACUUGAAAAAUUCAUCCUUAAUGACUGCAGAUAUUGUUAUCGAGUUUCUAGACGAGACCACAGUAUUUAAUAUUGACAAGACGACCAUGAAAUUGGAACCUGGCGGUCGAGGCAAAUUAAAAAUUUCCGCAGCCCCUUCUGAAGUGGGUCUACAUAAAACCGUGCUACUAUUAUGUGUGAACGACAACCCCGAAAUAGUGAUGGUGAACAUAUCUUGUAGCGGAGUGUGGCCUAUUGUUGAAAUACUACCGCUGUCUAAGGUUAUAGACUAUGGAAGACUUCUACUCUAUCGUCGAGAAGAUGACAGGUUUAUUGUAAAGAAUGACUCAGUUUUACCAAUAAUGUGGAAGAUACGUAAUGCCCAGGAGUUUGUUGAAGAUUUCAUAAUAGCGCAGACGUCGGGUAUCGUGCCGAGAAGUGAUAAUCAAGUUGUUCCCGUCACAUACAUUGCAUGUCGAGUUGGUGUUAUCACUUCGAAAAUCCUUACGAUCGAUAUUUACGACUCACUGGGCCGCGGGGACCCUAUUCUGAUGGACAACCUGUCAUUGUCCGCGGAGUGUUACGAUGUAAUGGUUGAAUGUGCGCACGAAAAUCCAAGCGAGAACUAUCUCAACUACGGCAACGUCAAAGUUAACUCUACGGUCGUUAGAGAAAUGUAUUUGCUGAACCGAGGCAAAUACAAUAUUUAUUACAAACUAAAGAAGGUAAAGGAUUUCCCUGAGCCGUCGCUGUUGCGGUCUUUCGAAGCUAUACCUGAGUGCGGCGUAGUCCCGGCCACUCUGAAGCUGGUAGCUAUCGAGUUUGAGUGCACACCUACCACCUCCAUCAACCUGGUGAACGUACCAGCUUAUAUUUGCUCCCUACUAGACGGCAGCAAGGAACAAGUCGUUGUGGCCAAGUUCCCAGUUUGUGUCAGCAUCGCUUCAUUUUAUAAUACGUUCACAUUGUUCCCGCUGGGCGAGUUGAACUUCCAUAUAAUUCCGGUGGGAACAGGAAUAACGAGAGACGUUAUUUUAAACAAUACAAGCAAAUGCCCCGUCACUUACGAGAUUGUUCUACCGCCUACAUAUCAAAUGGACGCUGUUCUAACAGCGCCGCCGCCGUCGAAAGGAAAGGAUACACGAAUAAGAAACCCUCCAUUAAAAUGUGGAAAUUUCGUGAUAAUGAACGAAGACAACCUGCUUCCUCCUGGCACCAGUCGUACGAUACAGAUACAAUUCUUCGCGACAGCAGCGCGAAAGUUUGAAGAGACUAUUAGCUUUAUUAUUAGCGACACGUGUCCUGCCGAGGCCAACGGAGUGCCGCUUCGACUGGUCGGCACAGGAGCCAUGCCAACUUUGGAUCUUUGGAAUUUAGAGACUACAUUUAGAGAACAUUUGAUUGUCAAGAAUCUGUCCGAAUAUAAAGUACCAGAGUCAGCACCACAUUGUGUGUUCGUGGAAAACUCUGUGACGUUACAUUUCUUCUGCGUUACGGUCAAUUCAAGUCACACGGGUGCAAUAGAUCUGUAUAACAAUGGGCUUGUUGCUUGUGCGCUCAACAUGAGGCUCCACCAUCAAACUAAUUCUAACCCAACCAUAUUCUCUUUGGAUAAGUUCGAGACACAUAUCGAACCGUUACUGCAUACAAAUCUUGGGAUCAUUUUCUCUCCUAAAUCCUUGCAGGAAUAUAGAGCGGUCUUGGAAAUAAAGCUUAAAUUGUUAGACAAUCAAGAACAGUCAUUUAAAAUAUGUCUGGUUGGAGAAGGAGUUAUUCCUAGGAUACAAUUGUUAUCACCUCGGCUGAGAUUCCAAAGGACAGCUGUGCUACCAUUUUCAGUGACUUGUUUGGGUUCCAUCAGCAGCAAACCUAUUUCCUUUAGAAAUAUAUCUUCGGUAAAUAGUGUAACUGUUUUGGAAGUGUUACAGUCACUGGAUGAAGUUAGACCCAUUUUUUGGUUGGCUGCAGCGCCGGAGAGCGAACUCAUGGUCACAUCUGGAGUUAAAGAAGAGAUAAAUUUGCGAAUGAAAGUAUUGUUGCGACCAGCUCAGAAAACAACAUUGAAUGCUUAUUUCAAUCCGAUAACAAAAGGAAAAACUAGUUGUGAAAUAAGAAUUACCAUUGAAGAAAACCCUUAUGAAUAUUUUAUGGUGAGGUGUGAAGGUGAGUCGUUUAUGGAGGAUGUCAUACUCAUGGGUCUGGAAAUGCUUUCCAUGGAUAUGGACCUCGAUACUUAUAAGAUGUCUGUGGACGAGACCAUGUCAACUAUGUCUACUAUGGAAAAGAAAAGUAAAACAGCCAGUUCAAUUGAAAAGAAAAAGUCGAGGACCGCGCACCCUGUAGAGUCUAAAAGGUCGAAACGAAUAUCAUCUGCUUCAAUAAGGCUGCCCCCGUAUACGGAACCUUCCCUUCUGAAAUACGUCUUAGAAUUCGGUGGUUGUGAGUUGUGUUCCUUACAAAAGAGGUCGGUGGUAAUGGUAAACAAUUCAGAAAAAGUGUACAAGUUCUCCUGGUCAGAAGUGGAAUGUAUUAUCACAAAGCCAUCCAUCGGCUACAUCUCCCCAGGAGAAGAGAAAGACCUGGAAAUUAAUUUCUUCGCUGCACAACCUGUUUCAAUACAUAAGGAGAGUUUAACUUGCAUCUUAACAGCAAUUAGCGAUGAUUGUCUGACAUUGGAUAUGAAGGGUGCAACGUGGGACAAUCGCCAGAUGAUCACACGCUUCGAUCAUAACACGGAUCUAAGUUUGAAUCAGAGACGAGAAUCUCACAUUGGUGAACUAGUGAUUCCACCAGCAGAUCAUGUUAUGGGAUCUAUAACUAUGGUGAUAGUAUAUUCAGCACAAACCGAGUAUACUAAAUAUACGACUAACUUACCUGAACAUAAAACAUUGCUAGACACAUUCAUAUAUCAGACAAGGAACUUCGAGUUUAAGGUGGAAAAUGUUGGUCAAGUGCCAAUGAAGAUAGUGUGGAGUUUUCAAAUAGACGACGAAUUUCCAGCACGAGUUGACAAACAAGAAAUAAGAAAUUCACAGACAUAUUCGGAAGGUAUUGUUGAUGAAGACGGUAAUAUUGUGAACCUUGGCUAUUCGUCGACCAGCAACGAGCCGAUGUCAGUAAUGCCAAUACCUGAACAAACACAACCUGAAAAUGAUCCAAGUAACGUGACGCUGUUCAGUAACAGUGUGGGUCGAGAAAGUGUCGACACCUGGUUCGAGGUGGACCUGCCGUUCUCCAUAGAUCCAGUCAAGGAUUGCUUGAAACCAGGACAAUCUACAAUCUUCAAUGUGACGUUUGCACCAGUGGAUGCAUUCGAUUUUAAAGUCCGUCUCAAAAGUACUAUAGAUAAUCUCGAUCCUUACGAUCAGAACAUAUCUUGCAAGCUAACAGCUCGGUCAGUGAUCCCAUACGUUCACUUGGACAUCGAGGAGAGUGACUAUGUGACGUCAGGCAGGAGGAAGAUCACGGGAGUCGCUUUACCUCCUCAUCUUACUGUACUGGAGUUCAAUGUCUUGGGAUCGGGAUGUUACAAAAAAACGACUUACACCAUUUUCUUUUAUACUGAAUUUCAGGAUUACGAGUGUCUUUGGAAGUUCCUUAUACCAGUCUACAACCUCGUUAUGAAUAUAUUAGUGGUCGGUCUAGUAAGGGAGCCUGACGUCGUCUUUGUUCCAACAAUUCUUAUCAUUAGAAACUCUUUAGUCGGCUUCACGUCUACGAAUGUUGUUAUAUUGAAAAACAAUGAAACCGAAGACCUGAACUUUGAGUUCAAGGGCAAUUCGUUGUGUAAUGAAUCCGGCAAGACGCCUGUUAUUUGCGAACCUAAUUUCGGAGUAUUGAAACCGAGAUCUGAGACGCCGAUUAACAUUAUUUACACGCCAAUACAAGACGGUCCACUUUCAUAUAAGAUAUAUUGUAAUGUAACGUAUCUAACAAAGUACUUAACGUUGUGCGUUAACGCACUGAGCUAUUCCAUUAGACCAAAAGUGACAUACUAUUUAAUUGGCAAUGAACAUGUGCUUAACUGUGACGCUAUAACCAAUAUACAUUUAGAACAGACUGCUUCCACGUAUGAGAGAACCAUCACCUUUAUUAUAAAGAAUGAUGGAUCUGCAACGUUCUUCUUUGAAUGGAGUUACAACACAACGUAUGUGAAGAAGUACAUGCAGCUGAGUAUUGAGCCAAAGAGUGGGCAUGUCACUCCCGCCAACGAAAUUGAAUGUACUCUGUAUUUCACACUCAAGCAAGUUCCCGUACAAUCAUUCCCAGUUACCUUGGCUAUUUCAGACGGUCCGGAGUACAGCAUCUUUAUCCACGCAGAUAUUGAAAAGCCUGCGUAUCAUUUCUCUUGCAUGGACUAUAAUUUCUCAAAAUGUUUUAUCAAUGCACCUGAUUGUACGUACAAGAAGAAUAUUGCGUUGACUAAUGAUGACAAAGUUCCCAUUAUUGUAGCCUUAAAUUUUACAAAUAUACCAGAGUUGGUGGUCGAAUAUGAUGAUGUGGCAAGUAUCAAACCGGGAAAACGUUUGAAAAUUGCAAUAGACUUCCGACCGAAGCAGGUCAAGGAAUAUUUGUUCACUUUGCAAUUUUUUGUGAACUCCCUGUGUGAAGAAAUUGUCACCAUUCGAGGAGAAGGCAUUCCUCUCCUAUUCGAUCUCUACGAAGGGUGCCAAAAGAGCUUUGAUUUGGGCUACGUAAAAGUGGGCGAUAAGUUAGUUCGUACUAUAGAAGUGAUGAAUCACAGCAAAGUAGCGAUCGAAGCCACGUACAUAUUCCGAGACAUGUAUCCUGUGGUAGAUGACUCAGCUAAAUCUGAUACUACGAGUGUUUGCUUGAGUCCUGGGACAGCUGCUCAGCAACAUGACGUGGGUCCUUCAAGAGUACAAAUGUUACAAACAUACAAAAAUGACAAGGUGCGCCACCAAAUCGCUAAGGACAUACAGAAUGCAUUAUCUUCUUUGAAAGUAAUACCGAACAAGUGCACCAUCCAACCGUAUAAGAAAGUUCCCUUGAAGAUACAGUUCAAACCAGUCGGAAUGAUAAGUACACUCAAUGUUCAGCUAAAUAUGAAAGUGUUCCAAUUCGAGCGGCCCUUGGUUCGUCUUAGUGGCUGUGCUACGGGCAUGUUUUUCUGCUUCAGCCAGAACUCGUUGCAAUUUGGUCGCGUGCGCAAACGUGGAUGCAAGAUACUCAAAGUGAUGCUCCACAAUAAAGGCGAUUUUGGGGCCAGGUUCUGGUGGCAGCCAUUGAUCUCGAACGAGUUUAUAAUAUCCCCGCAGUACGGCACCAUAGCUGCUCACACCAACGUCACAUUCACCAUCACAUUUAGGCCGGUCAAUCAUAAUCCUUUUAUUAAAGUGUGGGCAAGUUGCAACAUAGAAAACUACAAGCCUCUUGAAUUGGCGCUGUAUGCGACAUGCGUGGACAUGGGCAAUGUACAAAACAAGACUCUGUACAUGGAGUGCCCCGUGCGCGACAUCCACACAGACUAUGUAGUCGUCACUAAUCCAACUGAUGAUUUAUGGUUCGUUCUAUCUGAAAUAUCUGGUGGACCAUUCGAAACUUUGAAAGAGUUUCACGUUGAACCAAAUUCCACGUUAGAAAUACCGAUCAGCUUCAAGCCGAAGACUCUUGGUAAACAUGAGAGCCAAGUAUUAUAUUCACCUCUUGGGGAAAACGCAUUAUUCGUCACUUUAACUGGAAAUGCGCUGACUCCUAACCCUAAUGGUACCAUCGACGUAAAAGUGCCAGCCAAGGAACUCCUAGUUGAAUUAUUGUUAGUGUACAAUAUUACCGAGUUCCCCGAAACAUAUGUAUCGUCGACGGAGCUGGUGAAAGUGGUUCCUGAUAAAUUUGAAGGCCACUACGAAGUUAAAUGUGCAGAAACUAUAAAAACGUGGGGAGAGGCGGCUGCCACGUGUCGCUGGACCUUUGUAUGUUAUGAAGAAUGCGAAAUGACGCUUAAAGUGGUAUUCGUCAACCAGGCGAGUCGCGAAUAUCAAUUCUACCUCAUCAACGUGUUAGUGACUCCGAGCCUCAUAGUGGACACGUUAAAGUUUGUCUGCCGUGCACGAGAAAUGGCACAAAAUGAACUCAUUGUUAAAAAUCCACUCUCUGAAGAUGCGGAAUUCACUAUCCACUGUGAAAAACUGCAAUGUCCCGAUUCUUUGAAGAUUAAUAGGAAUUCUGAGGCUGUAUUGUCUAUGACGUAUUCACCAUUAGUGGUUGGUGAAUUAGAGGAUCAGUUGGAAGUCUCUAACUUCAUAGUUGGUACUUACAUUUACAAAACUCUAUUGAAAUGUCUGCCUGCGAAGGAAAAAAAUCUAGUAUAUGAAACUUCACUUGGGACUAAUGUUCCUAUCCGUCUCAAAGUGCAAAAUAAAAGUGAUGUGAGGUGUGAAUUCAUUUGUAAGGUGUCUCAUCCGUCUAUACAGGCGGAGAAGGAUUACGCUCUCGGACCGCUAGAGAAAGGGAAGUUUUUAGUGUGGUUUGAACCUACAGAGCUCGGUGUGCAGCAUUGUAGAAUUUCAUUCAAUUCCGAUAUUGCUGGCGAAUUUAUAUUCAAUAUAAAAGGAACUGGUACUGAUCCGAAGCCUAGAGGCCCAUAUGAAAUAAUAGCUGGCUCGUCUACAAUUAUAAGGUUCAAGAACAUUUUCGAUGAUACAAAAAUGUUUAAAAUAUACGUUGAUAGAGAUGAAUUUUAUGUGAAAACUCUGUAUGAGCCUAUUAGGCCUAAGAAGGAAUUGAGGAUACAGGUGUCCUUAAUUGACAGGCCGAUAUCAGGAUGGUCAGUUAUGCCUACUGGCACUCUCACCAUCGAGAACUGUGAGCCAACAACUCCUAAGGUGCACUGGACAUACUUCCUGCAAGGCGUACUUUGAUACGGAUUGUGAA